CAAACCAAGUAGUGCAAAAAUGGAAACCAAAAGAGCCGAACUGAUCUUCAUCCCAUCUCCAGGGCUGAGCCACCUCGUCUCCACCGUUGAAACAGCCAAGCUCCUCCUCCACCACCACCCCCGCCUCGCCGCCACCGUCCUCCUCAUCCCCAAACCCUCCGACGACGCCAAAACCGCCGCCUUCAUCCAAAACACCUCCUCCCACUCCCACUCCUCCCGCCUCAAAUUCAUCAACCUCCCCAAAAUCCCCCCAAAACAACCCCUCAAUCACAUCUUCUUCGACACCAUCGACAACCAACACUCCAACAUCAGAGCCACCGUCUCCGAUCUCAUCAAACACUCCCCCAAUUCCCAAUUCGCCGGCCUCGUGCUCGACAUUUUCUGCACCAAGUUCAUCGACGUCGCCGAAGACCUCGGCCUCCCUUCCUACCUCUUCUUCACCGCCUCCGCCUCCACCCUCGGCCUCUUUCAAUACCUCGUCGCGCUGAAAUUCGAGAAAAAAGAGGAUCUGAGCCGGUUCAAAAACUCCGGCGAUGAGAUUCCGGUGCCGUUCUUCUCAGCUCCGGUGCCGGCGACGGUUUUUCCGGCGGUUUUCUUCGAUGAGAAUUUGGGGCCGGAUGUGUUCUUUGAUCAUGUCAGGAGGAUUUCUGAGGUGAAAGGGAUUAUGGUGAACACAUUUUACGAGAUGGAGAGUUACGCGAUCGAGGCGCUUCUUUCCGAGGAGAAGCUUCCGGAUGUUUAUCCGGUGGGCCCGGUUCUAGCCUCCGGCGAGCAGAUUCUGCUUGCCGGAGACCUCAAGGAAUGGCUGGAUGAUCAGCCGGAGAAUUCGGUGGUUUUCUUGUGUUUUGGGACUAUGGGGAGUUUGGAUGGGGCCCAGGUGAGAGAAAUCGCACUCGCCCUCGAAAAGAGCGAGUGUCGGUUUCUGUGGUCACUGAGGAAGUCAGAGUCAAAGAAAGGUCAAAUGAAAGUCACGGCGGAGUACGACGAUUUUGGGGAGGUGCUCCCGGAGGGGUUUUUGGAUAGGACUAUGGGGACCGGGAGGGUUAUCGGGUGGGCCCCGCAGGUGGCGAUACUGGCCCACCCUGCGGUUGGGGGCUUCGUGUCGCACUGUGGGUGGAAUUCGACUCUGGAGAGCGUGUGGUUUGGGGUGCCUAUGGCUACUUUUCCGCUUUACGCGGAGCAGCAGCUGAAUGCGUUUUUUCUGGUCAGGGAGCUGGGGGUGGCGGAGGCGAUUAAGAUAGACUAUAAGAUGGAUUUCACGGGGGAGAGGCCGCCCGAGGCGGUGGGGUGGGAGGUGAUCGAGGAGGCGAUACGGCGGGUGAUGGCGGCGGAGGGGGUGAGGGGGAAGGUGGAGGAGAUGGGGAGGAAGGCUAGGGCGGCAUUGGUGGAGGGUGGAUCUUCUUACAAUGCUCAAAGUCUUUUUGUUGAAGAGGUUAUGAGAAAUAUUGGUUAGAUUGUUAGUUUUGUUUAGUUUGAUUUUCUUGGAUGUGUUUCAAAUUCUAGUGUGAUGCAAUCAAUAAACUAUGAUUUGUUGUAAAUGUUCAAGAUUUCAUCAAUCAUUGUUGUUUGGAUUUUACUUUGGAA